UGCAAAUGAAGGGAGAGAGAGAGAGAGAGAGAAGAAAAGGAAAAGGGCGGACCCCCAACUCCGCUGUUAAAUGGUAAGGGAGAGAGAGAAUAUAAGAAUGGAAGUAGAGAGAGAGAGAGGGGGAAAGAAUAGGAAGUUUGUUGGUUGGCUUCUCUGUGAGAUUUAGAGGCCUUUAUACCGAGACGGUGGGUGGACAAAAACCAGUGCCUCUUGUUACACUAUACCAUUUUCAGUCCAAAGCUGCCCGUUUCAGGUGAAGUGAAACUGAGGAGAGAGAGAGAGAGAGAGAGGAAGGAUAGUAGCCAUAAAGAAGCUUAGAAGCAACCUGUUGAAAGAAAAAGAGCCGAACAGUGAUCUGAGAGAAGCUUGAAGAAACCUGUUUUGAGAGAGAGAGAGAGAGAGAGUGUGUGUGGAAGUAGGAGUUUUAGCUGGAGAGAGGUAGAACAUCCGUGGUCUAGAGAGAAGAUUAGAGCAACCUGUUAGAGAGAGAAAGAGAGGGAGAGGAAACAUCUGAACUCCAGUAGUCCAUAGAAAAUCUCAAAAUCAAACCAUCUUUAGGGGGAAGAGCGAUAGAGAGGGUGGGUAGAGAGAGAGACUUGGCGAGAGAAAGCUUCCCAAAGCCAUAGCUAGUACAAACCAGAGGGAGAGAAGGGGGGUUGCUUGAGAGAGAGAGAGAGAAAGCUCCCAAAUUCUUAAGCUCAUCUAGAGAGAGAGGGGGGUAAUCGCCCAUCGGGCCGCCAAGGAAUGCGAGCAGGUGGCACUUCUGUGCAGCAGACACUCACUCCGGAGGCCGCUGCUGCAGUCCGCCAUGCGGUUGCCCUCGCCCGGCGGCGCGGCCAUGCCCAAGCUACCCCUCUCCACGUCGCCGCCACCCUUCUCUCUCUUCGCUCCUCUCCACUCCGCCGAGCCUGCCUCAAAUCGCAGCAGCAAAACCACCCCCUCCCACUCUCUAACGCCCACCACUCUCUCCCUCACUCCCACCCUUCUCUCGUCACCUCUCUCUCUACCUCUCUCUCUCACCCUCUCCAAUGCCGAGCCCUCGAGCUGUGCUUCAACGUGGCCCUGAACCGAUUGCCGACCAGCGCGACCCCAUUAUCUAACCCUUCUCUCUCUAACGCUCUGGUGGCUGCUCUCAAGAGGGCUCAAGCUCACCAGAGGCGUGGAACAAUCGAGCAACAGCCCCAACCGCCGUUGCUGACUGUGAAAGUGGAGCUUGAGCAGCUGGUUAUCUCCAUUCUCGACGACCCAAGCGUUAGCCGGGUCAUGCGAGAGGCCGGCUUCUCGAGCACAACUGUGAAGAACAAUUUAGAGGACACUGUUUCCUCUGGUUUUUCUCCCCCUUAUUCAUCACCAAACCACAGUUUAUGGAAUACCCAGUUGGUGAAUUACUCCCUAGACCAAAACCCACCUUUUGUUUCCCCUGAAAAAGCUGGUUUUUGGAGUGAUUCUAGAGAGAGAGAGGAGGAUAUGAGGGUGGUUAUGGAGGUCUUGGUGAGGAAGAAGAGGAGAAACACUGUGGUGAUUGGUGAUUGCUCUGAGAGUGCAGAAGGGAUUGUGAGAGAGGUCAUAGUGAAGGCAGAGAGAGGGGAGGUUCCUGAGGGGUUAAGAUCUGUGAAGUUUGUCCAACUUCAGUUUGUUUCUCUCUCCAGUUUCAGGGUGAUGAAGAGAGAGAAUGUUGAUUUGGAGAUUUCUAGUGUGAGAAAGAGGGUUGAUGGGUGCUUGGGCUCUGGUUCCUGUGAGUCAGUGAUUGUUUAUACAGGGGAUUUGAAGUGGGUGGCCGAAGGCCAUGAGAGAGUGGGGAGUUUUCUAGAGAGAGAAAGUGGUUAUAGCCCUGUUGAUCAUGUGGUUUCAGAGUUGGGGAGGCUGGUUUUGGAUUUGAAUUAUCAGGGGAAAGUUUGGUUGAUGGGUUCAGCGAGUUAUCAGAGUUAUAUGAAGUGUCAAAUGAGGCAACCGCCAUUAGAGAACCAGUGGGGGCUUCAGGUGGUUUCUGUUCCUUCAGGUGGCCUCGCAUUAAGCCUCCAUUCUUCAAGUGGCUUAAAUUCAAGGACACCCAUUUCACAUAGGCUUGUGAACCCAAAAGGCGAAGAAGAAGGGGAAAAGCUCAUUUGUUGUGGAGAUUGCACUUCAAAUUAUGUGAGAGAAGCUGCCAUCAUCAAGUCACAGGGUUUAAGAGCUUCGUCACUCCAAAACCCUAAUACUAAGCAAGGCGGUGACAAUGAGAAAAGCUCGACUGACUUGCCCUUUUGGCUUCAACAACAAUUUCCGCUUAAAAUUGAGAGUCCUUCUAAUAAGGAUUCUGCAGAGAAGAUGGUUGAGCUGAGAAAGACAUGGAACAGGCUCUGUCAAAGCAUUCACCCUCCUCUCCAAACCCAAAUUCCAAAUUUUUCAAGAGAGGCUCACUAUGAUAAAACCAGCUCCAUUGCUUCUUCUCUGAUGCCCUUUCAUGGCUUCUAUGCCAUGUCCAGUCCAUGGUGGUCCAGCUCUCAAGCCUUUAAUGGCAGGAAUAACAGUAACAGUUGGGCCAAUAACCCAAGUGCCGGUUGUCUAUCUCUUACUGAUAUUCAUUGUAAUUCAAGCUCUUUAGCUCCAUGGAAAACCCAACAAUUUUGGUCUAUAGAAAACAAUGGAAAUCACCACCAAGAACCAGCAAACAAGCCCAAAGAUCUCAGCUUUCAGAGCUUCAAAACUGGCUCUAAUGGAGAAGUGAGGACCACCCUUUCCUUGGGGUUGGAUUCAAGUGAAACCACAACCAAGAGUGGUCCUGCAACCUCUGUUCUAGAGAGAAGGAGAAAUCUCAUAAACCCAAGAGAUUUUUGCAGGGAUUUACAGGAAAAUUUACCAUGGCAAAUGGGUGUUAUCCCUAGGGUUUCAGAGGCUUUAUUGGAUGAAAACAGAGUGUGUUGUCUGCUUAUCAGAGGCUCUGAUAGAGUUGGAAAGCGAAGGCUAGCAAGAACAGUGGCUCAGUGUUUCUAUGGCUCUGCAGAGAAGGUAGUGGCCAUCAAAAUGGGUGAGGUGGGAACGCCACACCCCCAAAUCCUCACCCUAACUCUGCUCUCGAACCCCCAGCGCGUGAUUUUAAUGGAGGACAUAAACCAGGCUGACCCAUCAUUUCUUCGAAAGCUAGCCAUGGCUGUGGAGAAGAACAAGCUCGUGGACCCGAUGGGGAGAGAGCUCUCUCUCUCUGAAACCAUCUUUAUCAUGACAAUUCACAGCUCUAGCAGUGGGUCUGGGGUUUUUGAGAGAGAACAAGAGGUGGAUAUGAUUCAGAUGAAGCUGAAAGUAGAGAGAGAGAGCAGUACGAAGCUUGAAGUGGAGAGAGGAAGCAGUCCAAAACACGUGAAAAGGAAAGCAGAGCUUGAUUUACAGGGGAGCGAGAGUUCAAAUGAGGAUCAUCCAUGGAAACAGAGCAAAACCAAUAGGAAGAAACUCUCCGAUCAAAGGCCAAGCAGCCAUGAAACCUGCAACAACAGUAGCUUGGACCUCAAUCUAAGCAUAGAAGAUGGAGAGCCACACAGCGAUCUAACUCAGGAAACAAUCGGAGAAUACACAGAGGAAACUCAAGAAAAAAACACACAAAAAUUCUUGGAUUCAAUCUCUAAGAGUUUUGUGUUUGACCCUCCAUCGAACUCCAAUACAGUGACUGAGAGUCUCUCUCUAAAAUUGAGAAGCUCCUUCAGAGAGGUAUUUGGUGAAAGGGGGUCAUUAAUGGUGGAACAGGGUCUGUUAGAGAAAAUGAUGAGUGCCUCUUCCUCAUUCCUCAACUGUUUUUUCGAUAAAUGGGUGAGAAAAGUGUUUAGAAACAGUUUGGAAAGCAUUGGUGAGAGAGUUGCAGAAGAGAAGGAUUUUAGAGUAAGAAUGUGCAUGAAAGAGGAGGGGUUGGCACGAUCAACGAUGGACUGUGGGUUUGAGGGCUCAAAUCUACCUAAUAGAAUCGAUUUAGUCAUGUAAAGAUGAGGUAUGAGGCAAGAGAGAGAGAGAGAUGAGUCAAUGUAGAGAGAGAGAGAGAGAGAGAG